AAGAUUAGACGCAUCAUUCCACCCCCAAAUCCAAAUCCAAAUCCAAAUCCAAGAACAAAAGGGGCAUAAAAAUCCGAUUUUUAUCGCCUUAUUUUUUCCCUCCUCCAUGGCUUCCAUGGCUGCAGCCUUCGUCGUCAAAUCCCUAACCCCCGCCUCAAAUCCUGCCCACAAUCUCAUCCACCCGCCGCUCCUCCCAGGCAGCCUCCAUAUCCGCCGCCGCCUUCAGACGACCGCCGCCGCCCCCCUCCGCGCCACCUUCGCCCCCGCCACCGCAUCAUGCAGCUUGAUCGAGCCGGACGGAGGGAGGCUGGUCGACCUGGUCGCGCCCGAGGGGCCGGCGCGGGACGCGCUCCGCCGGGAGGCGGCGCGGUGCCCGCAGAUCAGGCUGUCGCGGAUCGACCUGGAGUGGGUGCAUGUGCUCAGCGAAGGGUGGGCGAGCCCCCUCGGCGGCUUCAUGAGGGAAGCCGAGUUCCUCCAAACACUUCAUUUUAAUUGUCUCCGCCUCGGAGACGGCUCCGUCGUCAACAUGUCGGUCCCGAUCGUGCUGGCCAUCGACGACGCGCAGAAAAGGGCCAUUGGCGACCGGCGCAGGGUCGCGCUUGUCGAUGCGCGGGACAGGCCUGUCGCCAUCUUGAGCGACAUCGAAAUCUACAAGCAUAACAAAGAAGAACGAAUCGCGAGAACAUGGGGUACCACAGCUCCUGGGCUGCCGUACGUCCAGGAAGCUAUAGCAAAAGCUGGAAAUUGGCUAAUUGGUGGAGACUUGGAGGUUAUAGAACGUGUCAAGUAUAACGAUGGUCUUGAUCAAUAUCGGCUAUCACCUGGUGAACUCCGUGCAGAAUUUGCCCGACGCAACGCAGAUGCAGUAUUUGCUUUCCAGCUGCGUAACCCUGUACACAAUGGCCAUGCCUUGCUCAUGACCGACACUCGUAGACGCCUUCUUGAAAUGGGCUAUAAAAACCCUGUCCUCUUGCUUCAUCCUCUGGGAGGCUACACAAAAGCAGAUGAUGUGCCACUUAGUUGGAGAAUGAAGCAACAUGAGAAGGUUCUUGAGGAUGGCGUGCUUAACCCGGAAACAACAGUGGUUGCUAUAUUCCCUUCUCCUAUGCACUAUGCUGGCCCAACUGAAGUUCAGUGGCAUGCAAAAUCUCGCAUAAAUGCCGGUGCAAAUUUCUACAUUGUUGGCCGAGAUCCAGCAGGUAUGAGUCAUCCCGUGGAGAAGAGGGACCUUUAUGAUGCUGAUCACGGGAAGAAAGUCCUAAGUAUGGCUCCAGGUCUUCAAAAGCUAAACAUUCUGCCAUUCAAGGUGGCGGCCUAUGACAAAACACAGAAAAAAAUGGCUUUCUUUGAUCCAUCAAGACCUGAUGAUUUCCUCUUCAUAUCUGGCACAAAGAUGCGAACUCUCGCCAAGAACAGAGAGAACCCACCAGAUGGUUUCAUGUGCCCAGGCGGAUGGAAAGUCUUAGUUGACUACUAUGACAGUGUGGCUCCGCCCGAAGCCAACAAGCUGCGUGAGCCUGUUCCAGCCUGAACUGUUCCGCACGCGAUGAACAAUGGAUUCUGAAACUGCUGUGUAAAAUUUGUGGCUUGAUUCCUCGUGUGCCAGACAACGAAGAAACUCAAUGAAGCUCAGUGUGUUGUGCUAUGUAAUUUAGAAACUUGUAAACUUGUGUGCUAGGGUGGAGUAUGAUGACAAUAAAACUAUGUGCAGACAAUGCCUGUUGUCAGAUUUAUCAUACUGCCCUUUAAUUGCUUCGGCCCUAUUUUAUUUUA